AUGACUAUCUAUCUAUGCCUGUCUAUAUCUAUCUAUCUAUCUAUCUAUCUAUCUAAGCAUGUCCAUAUGUAUGUAUCUAUCUGUUUAUCUAUCUAUUCAUCAUGUCUCUAUCUAUCUAUCUAUCUAUCUACCUACCUACCUACCUACCUACCUACCUACCUACCUAUUUAUUUAUCUAAGCAUGUCCAUAUCUAUCUAUCUAUCUAUCUAUCUAUCUAUCUAUCUAUCUAUCUAAAUAUUGGCACAUGUCCUCAUCAUCUAUCUAUCUAUCUAUCUAUCUAUCUAUCUAUCUAUCUAUGUCUGUUUAUGUAUUUAUAUAUUUAUGUAUCUAUCUAUCUUUCAAUUUAUUUAUGUAAGCAUGUCCAUAUCUAUCUAUCUAUCUAUCUAUCUAUCUAUCUAUCUAUCUAUCUAUCUAUCUAUCUAUCUAUCUAUGUAAGCAUGUCCAUAUCUAUCUAUGUAAGCAUGUCCAUAUCUAUCUAUCUAUCUAUCUAUCUAUUUAUUUAUCUAAGCAUGUCCCUAUCUAUCUAUCUAUCUAUCUAUCUAUCUAUAAAAUCAAAGACUCUAUUUUUCUUUCUUUCUUUCUUUCUUUCUUUCUUUCUAUACUCCUGUCCUUUUUCUUUUUCGUAUUUUCAUUCUUGCAAUUUCCCCACUAAAUCCUUUUUCUUUUUUUCUUUCUUUCUUUUCUUUUUUCUUUUUUUUUUUUUUUUUUAA